AUGCCCUCGUUAGCGCUGAAAUGCCUGCUGCUGUGUACGUUGAUCGGUUGGACGGUGUGUGCCUGCAUGCUGAAGAAUCACACCUUAGGGAUUGAGAGGCACGACUGUGCCCAGUGUGUGGCUGUGAACACUACUAUCUGCAGCGGCUACUGUUACACACAGGACACCAAUCUGAGGGGACGGUUCGGGAGGACUUUCCUGAUCCAGCGUAGCUGCGUGCCUCUCUCAUUGGUGUACCGAUCCGCCCGCCUGCCGGGCUGCCCUCACGGUGUCGACCCACAGCUGUAUUAUCCCGCGGCGCGCCGGUGCAGCUGCAGGCGCUGUGACACGCGCACACACCACUGCGUCCGCACCAGCCGGAUCUCAAGUUACUACCGAUGCAGCACGAGCCUUAAAGGCAGCGUGGAGAGCCAGAAGCAGCCCCACACUUUGGGAAACUUACAAUAA